CUUGGUCUCUUCCUCCUUCUGCGCAGCUGGGUUCAGAGAGGAGACGCCAUGCCCCCCACCCUCAUGGCCCUGCUCUGUCUGGGGCUGAGCGUGGGCCCGAGGACCACAGUGCUGGCAGGGACCCUCCCCAAACCCACCCUUUGGGCUGAGCCAGGCCCUGUGAUGUCCUGGGGGAGCUUUGUGACCAUCUGGUGUCAGGGGGUGCAGCAGGCCCAGGAGUUCCGUCUGCAUAAAGAGGGAAGUCCAACACCCUGGGACAAACCAAAGCCACUGGAUCCCAGGAACAAGGCCAAGUUCUCCAUCACACAGAUGACACAGUCACAUGCAGGGAGAUAUCUGUGUUACUAUCUCAGCCAAGGUGUCUGGUCAGAGCACAGUGACCCCCUGGAGCUGGUGGUGACAGGAGUCUACUACUACAAACCGAGUCUCUCAGCCCUACCCAGCCCUGUUGUGACGUCAGGAGGGACUGUGACCCUCCAGUGUAGCUCACAGCAUGGAUUUGACAGGUUCAUUCUGACCAAGGAAGGAGAAGACAGGGUCUCCUGGACACUGGACUCACAGCAACACCUCAGUGGGCAGUUCCAGGCCCUGUUCCCUGUGGGCCCUGUGACCCACAGCCACAGGUGGACAUUCAGAUGCUAUGGCUGUUACAAGGACAGACCCCAUGUGUGGUCACAGCCCAGUGACCCCAUGGAGCUCCCCUGUCACUCCUGUCUGGUCCCUGCAGGUGGCUCAAGGAAGCCCUCCCUCCUGACCCAGCAGGGCCCCAUCGUGUCCUAUGGACAGAGUCUGACCCUCCAGUGUCUCUCUGACAUCAGCUGUGACAGAUUUGCUCUGUUCAAGGAAGGGGCACAGGGCCUCCUCCAGAUCACUGCCCUGCAGCCCCAGGCUGGGCUCUCUCAGGCCAACUUUUCCCUGGACACUGUGAGCAGCUCCCAUGGGGGCCAGUACAGGUGCUACGGUGGACACAGCCUCUCCUCUGAGUGGUCAGCCCCCAGUGACCCGCUGGACAUCCUGGUGGCAGGAUGGCUCCCUGACAGACCCUCCCUCUCGGUGCAGCCUGGCCCUGUCGUGGCCUCAGGAGAAAACGUGACCCUGCGGUGUCAGUCAUGGAGCUGGAGGGACACUUUCUUUCUGACCAAGGAGGGAGAAGGCGGUCCCCCACUGCGUCUCAGAUCACAGUCCAGAGCUCAGCAGCACCAGGCAGAGUUCUCCAUGGGUCCUGUGACCUUGGCCCACAAGGGGACCUACAGGUGCUACAGCACAAAGCACGAUAGUCCCUACCUGCUGUCACAGCCCAGUGCCCCCCUGGAGCUCCUGGUGUCAGGACCCUCUGGAAAUCCCAGCCCCCUACCCACAGGGCCCACCUCCACCAGUGCCCAAGGUCUCCAAUGGUACUGGAAUGUGCUGAUCGGGGUCUUGGUGGCCCUCGUCCUACUGGUCUCCCUCCUCCUCUUCCUGUUCCUCUUCCUCCGACACAGGUGUCAGAGCAAAGGAAGGACUUCAGGUGAGCAGGGGACAGGGUGACCUGGGUCACAGGAG